AAAAAACAAAAAAAAAAAAAAACAAAAAAAAAAGAACCCACUUGAACGUUCUAUAAGCAUUUCGAGGGUUUGAAGCCAAGAGUGCCGAAAGCAGAUCUAGAAAAACAAGCGCUGAAAGCUACCUUUUUCCAUCCUCGCCCCGUUCCCCGAGAUAUUCAACCUCUUCUCUUUCUCCAACUUCUUCACUACAACAACUAUCAUUACUGACCAAAAAGAAAAAAAGAAAAAAAGAUCCAUUCUUGUAUACGACGAUAUGACUACCAAACAACUCGAUAUGACCUUUGAUGCAAUGUCGCUCCGCGACAACGGUCCUGCCUCGCCACUGGAUCAUCACCAUCAUCAGCAGCAAGGAUCGUAUCAGCCACAGCACCAACGCCGCUACUCGCAGUAUGGGUCUGAACGUGGUCCUGCUAGCCCAUUGACCCGCAAGCCGACCAAUGGUGGCAAUGGAAAUGGCAUGAGUGGCUACCAAUCACAAAGAAACAGCAUGGGGAUGGCCAUCAAUGCCAGCCAAAGUAUGAAUGGCAAGCGUCAUUCUAAUCGCAUGUCCCUUGCGAGUGUGAACUGGAGCCCUCCACAGGCUUCGCCCAUUCAGUCGCCUGUGCUGCAACAGGAUCCUCGCCAGCAGCAAUACUACCAGCAUCAAGCCUAUGCUUACCAGCCCAUGAUGCAGCCAGGACCCCUCAUUGGCCAGUUUCAGCCUCAGCCUUACCCUCAGCCUCCUCAACAUAUGCAGCAGCCACAGAUGCAACAGCAGCAACAGCAGCAGCAACAACAACAACAACAACAACAGCAGCAGCAACAACAGCAGCAGCAACAACAGCAAGGAGAGGAGCCUGUUGAUACUAUCCCAACAGCCAUUGUGAUCAAGAACAUUCCUUUCUCUGUUAAGCGUGAUUCGCUGCUUGCCAUCCUCGAUAAUCUUGAUAUUCCCAAACCAUAUGCCUUCAAUUAUCAUUUCGACAAUGGUAUCUUCCGCGGUUUAGCGUUUGCGAAUUAUAGAACAGCAGAGGAGGCUGACUUGGUUUACAAUGCCGUGAAUGGAUUUGAGGUCCAGGGCAGGAAGCUGCGAGUGGAAUACAAAAAGGUGAUGCCGGCUGCGGAGCAGGAGAAGAGGGAUCAAGAAAAGGCUGCUGCUGCAAUGGCGGCACACCAGGAGGCGCUUCAACGCAGGGAAAUGGAGAUUGUGGAAGCUCAGUUGUUAGAACAACAGGAGCGACAGGAGAGACAACGUGAGUUAAUGGAGUUGCAGAGCCGUGAGUUUGAAAGAACUCGAAACCGUGCAUCUGCAGCUCUGUUGGAGCGACGUGACUCGGGACGUAGCCUCUUGGACAGAGAGGACUCGAGUGCAUCGCUGUACCAAUUGGACCUGAACGAUGGAGAGACCUUGGCAUUUUAUGAUCGCCUUUUAAUGUUCCGAGGCGAUGCUACGAAAGAUGACAUGAUCUUCCCUGAGAACCUUAGCCCUCGUCAGCGCCGUAUUUUACAUCUUAUCGCAGACAAGUUAUCGCUGCACUACUAUACCGAAGGCGAGGGUAACCUCCGUCGACUUAUUAUUAUGAAAACCCCUCAUCCUAACGCUGCUCUCGAUUCCAGUGCAGGAGGACCUUCUACACCUACCAAGCAACGACCAAUUUCGUUCGCAGGACGUGGAUCGCUGAGAUCUGAGAGUCCUAUUUACAAAUCACGAUCACCUUUACCCGACAUUCCAUCAUCAACACUCAAUGGUUCUGUUGCAAGCACAACCAGUAUCAUCUCCAACUACUCCAAUUAUACCUCUACUACUCGAUCGACAGGCUCUGCCUCACCAACCAGGUCACUCUAUCGCAAAUCCAUGGUCUUCGAUGCCGCUGCCGGAAACAGCCCCAUCGGAGCUAACCUGAUAUACCCUAUUCGUCAGCCUAAGGGACCAGAACCUGGCAAAGUGUUUACAGUUCGUGAGCAAAAGCAAUUACGUGAUACCGCCAUGAUCAAGCCAGCAUUUUAUUAACUAAAAUCAACCAACAAUGCAUCUAUCAUAACAAGGACGAGGACAUUUUGAACAGGAUCUGAUGAAUGAAUUAACGAGUUGCAUUUUAGAAGAAAAGAAAAAAAGGCAAAAUCAACCUUAACCGCUGUAUUCCCUCUCUCUCUCACGAAC